CAUAAAUCUAUGGACAUGGUUCGUCGUGCCCUUCCCCCAGCCAAUCUUCCAGGCGCUCAACAGCCCACGCCCCUCAACUUGAACAGAUAUGCUUUGUUAUUUGUCUACGCGCUCCAGACGUUCAUGACAGGAUGCGUGUACUUUGGCUGGGCUCCGCUGUCGGCAAUGCUGUUAAAGGCUCAAGUUUUUAGUUUUAAAUGCGAAGCCAACGGAAAGGGAGGCUUUGUGGACGACCAACGACAGUUAGGACACAACUAUAUCUGCGAUGCACAGGAUGCUUCUGUGCAGAGCUUGUUUGUAUUCACGCUGGCGGUGCAUUGCACGAUGAGUGCACUGGCUGGCACAAUGAUGGAUACCUUGGGACCCAAAAUUACGUCUAUGAUUGGCCAGUGCUUCCACAUUGUGGCGUGGUCGUUGAUCUCAAGUCUGACGGCGGAGUCGCACGCAACAGUGUACCUCGGCUUCAUCUGCAUUGGUCUAGGCGCUGACACCGCUUUCCUCCCCACUCUGCUGGUCACCCGCCUCUUCCCGGGCGCUGCUGCGACUGUAAUAACUUUGAUUGGGUCGGCUUCGUCCGCCUCUUUCGCCAUCCCCCUCAUUUUGCAUUCUUAUCUCACGGAUGGUGGCAUUUCAGGCUGUUGGUGGUACGUCGGCUUCGGUCCGUGCCUGUUCCUUGUCAUCGUAUUCCUUGUGAUGCCGUUAAAGGCGUACAAGGUUUAUGAUGGCGGCAUGCAAGAGAAUCACAUGGCUUUUAAACCUGAAGAACAAAAUACAGGGCCUAAGUGGGCACAGCCAGUGGAGCAACAUGCGGGGGAAACUACCGUCGAGAGUGAUUCGGAAGCCUCAACGAAGCCAAGAUGGUCUAUUGAACAGCCCGAAGAACUAGUUGAAACAGCGACGGAUUAUAGGUUUUUAAAGACUCUGUCCUCUGAGAAGUAUAUUUUAAUUGUCAUCUACUUUAUCGCGGUGGGAUGGAUUACUUCUUUUUACCAAGAGGGCCAUGACCGUAUUCUGGUUCAGAAAGCGCAAGAUUUCUUAGGCAGUGCUCUGCCCUUCUCCUUUAUUCCCUGCAUCAUCUUGGGCAAGCUGUCAGAGUUUCUCGGUAUAAUACCGGUGAUGGGAAUCGUCAAUACGGCAGGCCUAUUGGCAUACGCUUUCAGCUUGAAGCAGGCGGCAACGACGGGUAUCAUAUCCGUAUUGUGCUUCAUGGUAUACAUGUCGCUCUUCGUCUCUCAAGUGUUCGUAUACAUUGAAAGCACUUUCCCCGCUAUAUAUUUCGGCCGCUUGAUUGGCAUCGUGCAGCUGGUCGGCGGGCUUCUAUCCCUUUUUUGCAGCCCCCUGUUCCAUCUCACAGUAGGACUUGGCCCAAAGUGGUUGUACCUUGUUCAGUUGCCAUUGCUUGGCCUCCUUAUUUUGAUGUAUUUUGUCCUGGCGCGCAUGUGGUGGAUUCGGCGCAAACCGUUGGCAUCGCAGGUGUCUGAUGCUGCUCACGGGAGUUGCAAUGUGACAACUGAACCCUAA